UUUCUUUUAGCCUUUCUCCAGACCUACAUUCGCUUGUUGAGUGCAUCUUCAGAAUCCCUAAUACUUAAUCGAUCCUCAUCAAUUCGAACGACUAUCAAUCAAAGUAUCAGAUCAAAAAAAAUUUACAAUGCGUUACUCUUUCGUCGCCGCAGCCCUAAUCGGCGCUGUUGCUGCCUUCCCGGCACCCGAGUACGGCUACAACCCCCAGCCGUACCCAUCGGCACCUGCGCCAGCGACUUCUUCCGCCGUUGAGUAUCCUCCGGCUCCCUCUUCGGUAGCCCCCUCUAGCUCCAAGCCUGAGGCCUCAUCCACCCACGGUGGAUACGGCGGUGUUCCCCCAGCAGGCACAUCUUCGGCGUCCUCAAGCUCCAAGGGCUACCCAUCUUCCUCCGCCCCGGUUCCAUCGAGCUCCGCCCCCCCGGCUGCAUCCAGCUCUUCCACUCACGGUGGAUAUGGUGGUGUUCCCCCAGCAGGUCCCUCAUCGGUAGCCUCCAGCUCCACUGGAUACCCCCCAUUGGCACCUCCUCUGCGGCUUCCUCCAGCUCCAAGGGCUACCCAUCUUCCUCUGCUCCGGUUCCAUCGACCCCGCUGGCACAUCCUCUGUAGCUUCUUCCAGCUCCACUGGGUACUCUGCUUCCACCCGGGUUCCAUCCAGCUCUACCCACGUGGUCCCGUCCAGCUCUACCCACGCUGUCCCAUCAAGCUCCACCCACGUAGUCCCGUCGAGCUCUACCUACGCUGUCCCGUCCAGCUCCACUCACGGUGGGUACGGCGGUGUCCCCCCAGCAGGUACCUCUUCCCAAGCCUCCCCAGGGAACUGGAUACUCAUCCACCAACUCUCCUAAGCCAUCCAAGCCCAGCUACCCUACCGAGUAUCCUCCUCAGGACCACACGGAUACGAUCACGGUUUCCACCUACACUUGGGUUCCUUGCUCGACUCCCGUAGCCACCAGCGGCAGCUCCACCUACUACUCCACCUACUUGACUCCUUCGUACUACACCACGACCGAGACCAAGAUCUCCACCAUCUACAACUGCGGAACGAAGUCUUGCCACAAGCCUACCGGCACUCCUCAGCCACCCCAGCCUACAGGCAACAAGCCCGAGUACCCUGCUCAACCCCCCACGAAGCCUACGGAGAACAACCUG